AACGGGUUUGCUUAAUCUUUUGAGUCUCGUCCAUUUUUCCUCGAUUUUGUGGGUUUCUUGCUAUAUAACCACAAUUCCGUUUUCGAUGAAGUCCGACCUGAGGGUUUGAACUGCGUGAUCUGUUUUCCUGCGAUUUCCUUUGGUCCCUAGACCGAUGCUUUUUGUCUAGAGCUCAAUCUGAUUUACAUCUCUGUCUGGUUUUUGGGAUUUUCCUGUGACCAAAUUGUCAGGAAAACGUUUUGGGCUCUCGAUUUUCUGGUCGUCUAUUCAUUAGGGUUUUACUGUGGUUUAAGCUAAAUUUCUGUGGCCUGGAGGGAGGUUGCUUGAAACUUCUUUUUAUAUCUGAUUCGGGAUAAAAACAUAAUGCAUUCGAGCAUACAUAGAUAACAUAUGAGAAAUGGUGGAGAUUCGUCCCCUUUUUAUGUUCAUCUUCGUGUUCCUUCGUUGGCUGCCUUUUGCUUGCUUGCUUCUAAAUGUACAGUAAUCGGAUCGACUGCUUCAUUGGAGUUGGCAAUAUCGGUGGUAUGCAUCUAUCGCAUAAGAGGUUAGAAUUUGGAGACAAUGGCUACCAGUUGCCUGCGAAUGCCCGAGCACGCAGAUCUGCUCGGAAGAAGCGCUGCUUCAAGAAGAACAAUGGAGAUGACGAUAGAAUGGGUGCGUUCGACUUAUUGGCGACUGUAGCUGGAUCGUUGCUGCUUGAGAAAGGGAGUUCCCAACCCGCUCGCUAUGACCCUAUCCAUUUGAGCGAAGAUAAGAGUGUAGCUGUACAAAAUACUGUAAGGGAUGAAUUUCUCGACGAAGAGAAGCCCCUAAAGGCAGAAACUUUCUGUGGAGACAAUCAUUCUAAAGGAUCCUCGGGCCACUGCCAUGGUCUCCAUUGUGGAACCGGCACCAUUAUGAGAAAUCCCGGUGACUCCUUGAUGAGUGAAAAACUCGAGAAUGUGGUCGAGGGAUUUGGUAACCCGGGUCAAACUGAUUCAUGUAAAGUUGGAAACUUUGAUCAGGGAUUUAAAGCAGGUAUUGAUGGUGAUGCAGCAGUAGUUCUGGAGGCAAAACCUGAUGUUGUAGUUAGUUUAGGAUGUAAUAACAGUAGUAGUAGAGCCGAGCUGCCAGCAUGUGGGAAAGAUGCUUCCCAUGGCUCUCGGGAUGUUGUAAAUUUAGUUAGUAGCGAUGAUGAUGAAAACUUCUUAGCGUUCAGUCACUGCAGUAGGAGUAGGCAGGUGCCACGUAUUGGAGACAGAAGAAUUAGGAAGAUAUGGGCUACGAGACAUCGGAAAGGAGGACUGAAAAAUGCAGAUGUGAAGCCAUGGUAUUCUGCAAAGAGAAAUUAUUGCUUGCACCAUCAGAGGAAUUAUCCCAUCAAGAAAAGGAAAUUCUUUGACAACAUUUCUGAAUUGAAUUCUGAUGAUUAUCAUUUGCCCCCGAAGAUGGGUAGAGGAAGCAGAACAAUUUUUUCAAUGAAAUGUCGGAAUGGGUCGUAUGUUUCGAGGGACCCUCAUGUGAGAUUGCGGAUCAAGUCUUUCAGGGUUCCCGAGCUUUUCAUAGAGAUUCCAGAGACUGCUACAGUUGGAUCCCUGAAGAGAAUGGUAAUGGAGGCAGUGACCACUUUACUGGGUGGUGGACUCCGAGUUGGUCUGAUGCUUCAGGGAAAGAAACUCCGAGAUGAUAGCAAAACCCUUCUUCAGACCGGAAUCUCUCAGGACAAUACCCACUUAGACUCUAUGGGUUUUUGCCUUGAACCGAGCUCAGAAGCCGGACCUAUACCCUGCGACACACCUAAGCCUUUAACCAGGUACCCACCAGUGGACAUUAUGCAUGCCUGUGAUGAUCUCCCUAUCUGCCGUGCUGCUGACUUGAGCCAUGUGUUGGAAUCUGACCAUGACUCGGCUCCAUCCCCUGAUGUUUCAUAUGGUGAAAAAAACAGAACAGAUGAUUCGAGAGCAUUGUUUCCUAUGGAAGCAGCGGUUUUGGCUUCAAGAGAGCUAACCAAGUUGGCAGCUCGACCUCCAGACCGUAAAUCUAAAAGACCUGAGCAGCAGCAGGCUGCACAGCGCAGAAUCCGUCGACCUUUCUCAGUUGGUGAAGUAGAAGCAUUGGUUCAGGCCGUUGAGAAACUCGGAACCGGAAGGUGGAGAGACAUCAAGCGCCAUGCUUUUGAGGGCGCAGACCAUCGAACAUAUGUCGAUCUAAAGGAUAAAUGGAAAACGCUGGUGCACACGGCGAGGAUAGCGCCUCAACAGCGACGGGGAGAACCCGUGCCGCAUGAGCUUCUGGACCGCGUCCUGACUGCUCAUUCGUUCUGGUCGCAGUCCCAGCCGCCAGCGGAGAGGCUCUUGCUACUGUAAGUCCUUGCAGGCAGGUCCUCUUGUGUAAUUACUCUGAUGAUGAUCCUCUGUACAAAUUCUAACACUGGGACUUCUAUUGCCGUUUUGUAUCUAUCAUUUUUAUUUGAAUUUGAAUUUGGGAGGUAAUGUAUUAUAUGUUCUCUUAAGUAUGAAAAAAAAAAUGUAACCAA